AUGGCAAAAAGUUAUUUGAGCAACGGUGGAAUCGGUAACUCAGGUUUAGUUUGGGGGUUGUUAGUGGUUGCAGCCACGUUCUCUUUAAUAGCCAUGACCGUGUUUGUUUGCAUCGGUCACAAAAGAUCUCCAAAUAACAAAAAGAAUCACAGAAGAGAUCAUGUUGGAGCUACAAUUGCAGCUGUUACUGGAGCCUCGGUAGCUGUAACUGCUGCUGCUGCAGCGUACAAAAGUGGUUGGAAAUUUGACCAUGUUUGGAGUAUUAUUAAAGACUUUGAAAAUUUUAAAGAUGGUGUCGCCCAUGCUAAACGCAUAUCAAUAUCAAUCCCUGAGAAUACAUGUUCAGAGUCAGGAAAUCUUUUCCUUGAUUCUCCCACGCAGACAUCUCCAGGUUUGCUUUCAUUCUCUUUAAAUUUAAGUGAUGGCGAGGGGAAAAUCAUCGGAUCUCCCUCUCCACGCCCAAUCGGGGUAAAGAAGUCUAAAAUGAAACGAAAACUUGGUGAUCAAACAACAUCGGUUAUCAACAUCUUAAAAGAAGGAAAUAUGCAAUUUUUGGAGGAACUAAAGAAGGCAAGUGCACAACGAGAAUAUCAUUUAGAGAUUGAAAAGAAGAAUUAUGCUUUGAAUGAGCUGAAAGAAGAAAACAAAUAUUUAUUUUGUGAUUUCAAUUCAGUUGAAGAUCCAGAAGUCGUGCAUAUUUACAAGAAGAACGAAAACGGAUUUUACAAAAAAGACGUGGUCAACAACAUGAACAAGAAGCUACUCCUUCAUCUACCUCAUUUGAACUAUAUUUUAACAAUAUUGGUGGAUCUGGAGGCAAUUUACCAGAAUAUUAAAUCACAAUUAUCUAUGAUUUUAAUAUUAAUUUUAUGUUAUGUUGCUUAUUUUUAA